UCCCAGGCUCCUGCACCCCCGGCCCCGAGCCCACCUGGGCUCGGGUUCUCCCGUGGGACUGGGGGACUGUGGCUAUCCUGACGCUCUCUCCCUGUGCCCUCACUUGUCACCUUGGUGCUGGGGCCAUGACCUAAGUGUGUCUCCAUGCUGCGCGGCCUCUCAGGUCUGGGCCUCCGGUUCCUGGCCCAGCCCAGCGCCCUCACCCCAUGCCAGGCCCCCUGCUCCACACCCCGGGGCACGCCGGUUACUCCCAGAGAGACGGCUGGGGGUUCUCCAGGUCCUGCCAGGUUGGAACCCCGACUUCCCACAGGCAGACCCUGCCCCUAUGGUAUUGUCCUGGAUGCUGGUUCUUCCCACACGUCUAUGUUUGUCUACAAGUGGCCUGCGGACAAGGAGAAUGACACGGGCAUUGUGGGCCAGCACAGCUCCUGUGAUGUGCGCGGUGGGGGCAUCUCUAGCUACGCAGACAAUCCCUCCAGGGCUGGCCAGAGUCUUGCAGAAUGCCUGGACCAGGCACUUCAGGAUGUGCCCAAGGAGAGGCACCAGGGCACACCCCUCUACCUGGGGGCCACUGCGGGCAUGCGCCUGCUCAACCUGACCAGCCCCGAGGCCUCAGCCAACGUGCUUACAGCUGUGACGCGGACACUGACCCAGUACCCAUUUGACUUCCGUGGUGCCCGCAUCCUCUCGGGCCAGGAUGAGGGGGUGUUUGGCUGGGUGACUGCCAACUACCUGCUGGAGAACUUCAUCAAGUACGGCUGGGUGGGCCGGUGGUUCCGGCCAAGGAAGGGGACACUGGGGGCCAUGGACCUGGGGGGCGCCUCCACACAGAUCACCUUUGAGACGGCCAGCCCAGCUGAGGAUCCGGCCAACGAGGUCCAGCUGCGGCUAUACGGCCAGCACUACCGCGUCUACACCCACAGCUUCCUCUGCUACGGCCGUGACCAAGUCCUCCGGAGGCUGCUGGCCAGUGCACUCCAGAACCACAGCUCCCACCCGUGCUGGCCCAAGGGCUAUUCCACCCGAGUUCUGCUGGGAGACGUGUAUGAGUCACCAUGCACCUCGGCCCUGCGGCCCCACUCCUACAACAGCAGUGCCACGGUUGGCCUGUCCGGGAGCAGCAGCCUGGCCCUCUGCCGGGACCUUGUCUCGGGGCUCUUCGGCUUCUCCUCCUGCCGCUUCUCCCGGUGCUCCUUCAACGGCGUCUUCCAGCCCCCUGUGGCCGGGAACUUCAUUGCUUUCUCUGCUUUCUUCUACACUGUGGACUUCCUGAGGACGGUGAUGGGGCUCCCUGUGGCAACCCUACAGCAGCUGGAGGCAGCCGUGGCCACCGUCUGCAACCAGACAUGGGAUGAGCUGCAGGCUCGGGCGCCGAAGGAGGGGGCCCGCCUGCCCGACUACUGCGCCGGGGCCAUGUUCGUGCAGCAGCUGCUGAGCCUCGGAUACGGCUUUGACGAGCGCGCUUUCCGCGGGGUGACCUUCCAGAAGAAGGCGGGGGACACAGCUGUCGGCUGGGCGCUCGGCUACAUGCUGAACCUGACCAACCUGAUCCCCGCCGACCCGCCGGGGCUGCGUAAGGGCACGGACUUCAGUUCCUGGGUCGCGCUCCUCCUGCUCUUCGCCGCCAUGCUCCUGGCCGCGCUCGUCCUGCUGCUGCUCCAGGCGCGCUCUGCCAAGUCGUCGCCGAGCGCCAUCUAGAGGCGCGCCGGUGCCAGUGCCCAGGCCACACACCCCCAUCCCCGCGUCCCCUAUUCCCCGCGCACCUCACCCUCAGCAUCUCGGUCCCUAAUGCAGCCCCGGACCCAGACCGGGACUCUGGCGCCCACGCCCCCAGGGCCCGGGGGUGUACGGAGGGAGCCGAAGCCAUCCCCUCCUGCCCCCUCCUGCCCUUGGCUUGUCUCAAGGCCUCCUGCUCCCUGGAGUUGGGGUGCAGACAACUUGCACCCCUGAGCCUGUGACUGCAGGGCUAGGUUUCCAGAGCGAGGAGCCCUCAGAGCCCGCCACCCUCUCCCUCCGGAGUCAGGGUCGUUAUUAGGGGGGUGCCAGAGCCCACAGCUGGGAGCCAGACCAGUGCCUACUUGUAAUAAUUUUGUAAUAAAAAGUUCUUCCUAGA